AUGAUACUGCAACGAGUAGUUCAGGUGUGCGCCAGACCAAUAACCCUGAGAGGGUUUGCGACCAAAGCGAAGUCACCACCAUCAUUCCCGACAACGCCGACAUGUCCCUCGCCAACAUGUGCAUGCGCACCCACCCCCGAGUUUCCCGAGGGGUUUGAAAUUGACCACAAGACAAAUAUCAAUGGACUGAUUUCCAACUACGCGCAACAUGUCCUGGUUUGCACGGGCAAAGACGACUGGCCGUCCCGCAUUGAGGACGACAGCAGUGGUGAUAACCUCGCUGCUGACCUGCUCCUCAACGCUUCAUUCCCCUCAUCGCCUGCUCCCAAAUUACGGCCUGAGUUGCAGACCACGUCAGCUUACCUCCUCCCUUCAUUCAAGUAUGUCCCUUGGCUACCGCGAGUCUCAUUUGAUAGCGUUGAGGCACUGGUGAGGGGCUAUCUCCUCCCUGAAAAGCUGCACCCAUUGCAUGACGGGCUGUCACCCAUUCACCGAGACCGUCUACUUCGCAAACCCGCCUAUCAAAACGCUCUGUACGGUGUUAAGGACGUCGAUGAGGUUGUGGUGCUCAUCUGUGGACAUGGAGGGCGGGACCAGAGGUGUGGUGCUUAUGGGCCACUGCUGAGGGGCGAGUUUGAGAAACGACUGCCUGAGAAGGGCAUCGAGGUGGUUACAGGGCCGGUGGAGGUGGAGGUGGACGAGACAGUUCAGGCCUUGGAAGACGGGGAAGGGAAGAAGAAGGACGAAAGAGCCAAGACGGCGGCCAGAAUUGGUUUGAUCAGUCAUAUUGGUGGACAUAAGUUUGCGGGCAAUGUCAUCAUUUAUAUACCUCCAAAGCAGACAACCAAGGAUGGGGUGCGGCAUCCGUUGGCUGGUCAUGGGAUCUGGUAUGGGAGGGUUGAGCCGAGACAUAUUGAGGGCAUCGUGGAGGAGACAAUAUUGCAGGGAAAGGUGGUAGAAGAGCUCUUCAGGGGAGGUAUCACUCAGGAUGGAAAGAUUCUGCGACUUUGA